AUGGCCAUACACUCCGCCAAGUUCUACGAGCAGCUUGCGGAAAUCGACGAUCAGUAUACCAAGAUUCAAUCCAUGCCGACACGCGUGCUUUGGCAGAAGAUUAUUGUUGAGACCCUGUUCAACUUGAGCGAGGGGUCAACGGCGCCCUGGUAUUGGGUACUUGACGCCCUUGACGAAUCCGAGUCUGCCAGCGAAGUCAUUUCACUCGUGGGGAAAAUACAAUCAGUCACUCCAAUGCGCGUUCUGAUGACAUCAAGGGUAGGCAUGGACAUACAAAGGGUGCUUCAGAGCUCUGUAGCCCGGGGGGUAUUGAGAUGCGACCAUAUAGAAGCGGCUGAUACUCGCAAUGACAUGGCUGCCCACGCCAGACAACAACUAGAAGGUCUCCCAUUCGACGAUGGCGAGAUCGACGGAAUUGUUCAUCAAAUUGUGCACAAGUCACAAGGGAUCUUCCUGUGGGUUCGCUUUGUUGUUGAGGAGAUUCUGCUCACGGCCCAUACCAUUGAUGGAAUCCUGGACGGCAUGUCAAAGAUGCGAGAGAGCAACAAGAAGCUUGCCAGAGCCAUUAUUCAAAAUACCGUUUGCGCCGCACGGCCAUUGAGAACUCGUGAGCUCCAGGAGAUACUCACCCCAUCAUUUGGCCGCCUCGCAAGCUUGGAGUACACGAUAAGGAAGGUUUGUCCACACUUGAUCAAAGUGGAUGAGACAACGUCACUGGUGCAGCCGAUCCACGAGACCGUCCGCGAGUUCCUCCUCGGAAACCCGACAUCCGAAUUUGCGGUUGAUAGCCCCAGCGCACACCAGUAUCUUGCAAAAGUGUGCCUAGAUAUGUGGAUGGAGGCCGCGUUUUCGGAACCAAUCAGCGAGCAAACCAGUACGCUACAAAACAGCGUGGACAUGGACGAUGUGCAUCCCCUGUUGAGAUAUGCGGCCAUGACGUGGUUUGAACACGUCCAGACUGCGCUCAUUGACGAGCCACUGGAAGCUUCAGUGCGGCAGUUCCUGCGAACUUCUGUGCUGUUCUGGAUCGAGGCUGUGGGCUUGUUGGGUGACCUGUCACUCCUGGCAAUGGCUGCGCUGGGGUUGCAAGCGUUUGCUGCCCGGUCGCCGCUCAUCAGCCUUUCCGACAAGGAACUGAUCUCCGGCUGGUCUGUAGACCUAGUCCGGAUCGGACCCAAGUACGGCCGAAACAUUUUGUCAUGCCCCUUUUCAGUCCACAGGCUUCUUCCCCCCUUCUGUCCGACAAAAACGCGUAUUGGGUCCCAGUUUGGAGCAGCGGGCGAGGUGGCAGUCGUGGGAGCCGGAAUGAAAAGCUGGGACGACUGCUUGGCGCAUAUCACGGUAGGCAGGGAGGGCGAGACCUGUAAGGCCGUUGUCUGCGGCGAUGUCUUCCUAAUCGUCGCUCUUUCGGGCAGCAAAGGGCAAGUAGUCAUACUCGACACGGAGACAUGCCAAGAGGUUCGCAGACUUUCGCACGGAGAGACGAUAGGGACGGUGAACAUCGACAGCCUCAGCGAUCGUCUUGUCACAGGGGGCUUCAAAUGGGUCAAGGUCUGGGACCUGAAAUCGGGUGAGAUGGUUGUCGAGCAAUCCAACACAGCCGGGGCUCGGUGUAUCGCGCUCGCCAUCUGCCCGGGAGGCGGGACUGUCGUUUCAUUCACGUCCGACAACUCAUUAACGACGUGGGACCUUGCUCGAGACAUAAGGAAACAGCUAAGAUGGACACACCAGCAUGCCGAGAAUUCGCAUCGCGGCACACCGCGAGGCGUCACAUUUAAUCGAACUGCGGCCAUGAUAAGCCUUGCUUGGAAAGGCUGGCCCAUGGAGGUGUGGAAUAUCGAAAGGCUGAAGAUGGUAGCUAAGAUCCCAAUGAGGCAUGGGCUUGGACCAUGCUUCAACGAGUCAAACGGUAACAUCUACGGUGUCGAGCUAGAUGGAUCGGUGGUUCGCUUCGACGCCCAAUGCCAAACAACUACAGAGCUGGACUUGCAGUCACAUAUCCUGGCAUGCAACUCGCAGGGCACACUAAUUGCCACAGGUAAUGGACAUGGUGUGCUGAGGAUCUUCACAGCAGAUACCCUGGAGCCCGUCUACACGCUCGACAAGUACACCGACUCAAUCAAUGGAUUGUGCUUCAGUCCAGACGGCAGCAAACUGUACGACAUUCGCUCUUCCAAUUGCAACGUCUGGACACCAGAUGUCUUUCUGGUUAACGCGCGAGAGGACUCGUCCGUGAGUGGCGCCGAGUCUGAGAACAGCAGCUUCAACAGGAUACCGCCUAGCGUAGCAAUGGAAGCAUCAAGGGGCUUGGUCAGCAUCACGGCGAUAGUCAGCGACAGCACGGGUAGCUAUGUGUGCUGCGGUAUGGGCAAUGGUGCCAUUUUUGUCUAUGAAACACAAAGCGGAAAACGGCUUCAGUUCCUGUACAACCAUGCCUGCACAGUCAACGUCAACGCCCUGGCCUGGUCAUUGAGCGGUUUCUACAUUGCGUCAGGCGAUGAUUCGGGGCGCAUCAUGGUGGCGAGAAUCGACCCCCUCUCGUCGUCGAAGUGGUCUUGCGCGGCUCAACUGGACUUUCGCUUGGACCCGCGCCUGGACGGCGGCGGGCGACAGAUCCUCAUAAGUCAUGACGACGCCCGCGUUCUGGUGUCGACACAACUGAGCAGUCGCAUGUUCUGCUUACAAGAUGGAGAGGAGGUUGGCGAGAGAUUCGCGCAGGGCCAAAAUGCCACACCCUGCUGGUUGACACAUCCCGGCGAUCCUAGCAAAGUUAUUCUCUUCACCCUCGGUCUCGCCAGGAUUUUCGAAUGGACUUUAUUUGCCGAGCUGGGAGACGGUAAGGGUGUGAAACUCAGGCAUCGGCUUGCGAGCACGUGGGAGAACAAGGCGGUACUGCUGCGAGCCCUUCCCACACAAGACGGGCGCAAGUUGCUACUCGAGGCAAGAGCCGUGGAGCGCGGCAACCCGACAAAAUGUAGCUUUUGGGACGUGAGCCAAUUUGACGAGGGCAACGAGGAAGCCACGGAGACCGGAAACUUGAACCACCGGCAGCUCGACGGCGUAGUAGGUGUGUACCACGACCGAGCCGUCUUUCUCGACCGCGAGCUCUGGGUGUGCAGCUCGGCGGUCGGAGGGAACAGCGAGACGACGAAGCACUUUUUCGUGCCGAUGGAUUGGCUAAACACGAGUGAAGAGCGGCCGUCGCUGAUGACGCGCCUCGGAGACUUCGUGUACGCGAAGCAUGGUGAGGUGAUUAUAGUGAAGCGUGGAAUGAGGGCUAAACAUGGGGUGCUAUGA